AAAAAAUAUCUCCCAACUUCUGGGGGUUAGUUUUUCUCAUCUUCUUUAUUUCUAUGCAAUUUAAAAUGAUUAUCUCAUUUGACCCAUUGAGCCCUCUUUGCCAUGCAUCAUGUUUAAUUUCGAGUUUGUGUUCCUACACUAAACAUUUUGGAGCUUGCAUCAUGCCUAAGUGAUUUUGAGCAAGACAAUUGGAAGUGCUAAUAUUUUGGAAGAUGUCUUUGUUUCCGACCGAUAGGUCUCACAAUGGGAGUUUUAAGAGCCCAGAAGCACUAGUUAGUGUGUCAGAAACGGAGGAAUUUGAUUUCUCAAAAGCAUUAGAUAGGCCAAGGGCUUUGAAUAUAGAGAGACAAAGAUCAUGUGAUGAAAGAUCAAUGAGUGAACUAUCCAUAGGCUUUUCUCCACGUCAAUUGGCCACAAAAGUUGAUAGUUCAUCUCGCCUGGGAGACCUUCUUGAUCAUCUACAUUCUCCUCUGCCAAAGUCAGGUAUUAAUACUCCAAGAUCAGUGACAUUGGAUCCACAAAUUCCACCUCCAUUAACAUUAGAAGCUUGGGAAGAGCUGAGACGUUCCUUGGUAUAUUUUCGUGGUCAGCCAGUUGGUACAAUUGCUGCUUUGGAUAAUUCUGAUGAGAAACUUAAUUAUGAUCAGGUAUUUAUAAGAGACUUUGUCCCAAGUGCUUUGGCUUUUCUGAUGCAUGGGGAAACAGACAUUGUUAAAAAUUUUCUUUUAAAGACCCUUCGCCUUCAAUCAUGGGAGAAAAAGAUUGACAGAUUCCAGCUAGCAGAAGGGGUGAUGCCUGCUAGUUUUAAAGUAUUCCAUGAUCCAGUUAGAAAUCAUGAGACCCUGAUAGCAGAUUUUGGUGAAAGUGCAAUAGGCAGGGUUGCUCCAGUUGAUUCUGGAUUUUGGUGGAUUAUAUUGCUUCGCGCAUACACAAAGGCUACAGGAGACCCUUCUUUGGCUGAACGGCCUGAAUGUCAAAAGGGUAUGCGCUUGAUCCUGAGUUUAUGCCUGUCAGAGGGGUUUGACACGUUUCCAACUUUACUAUGUGCUGAUGGAUGCUGCAUGAUUGAUCGAAGAAUGGGUGUUUAUGGGUAUCCAAUUGAAAUUCAAGCAUUGUUCUUCAUGGCUUUAAGAUGUGCCUUGCAAUUGCUUAAGCAAGACAUGGAAGGGAAAGAGUUCGUGGAGCGAAUUGUGAAACGGUUGCAUGCCUUAAGCUAUCAUAUGAGGAGCUACUUUUGGUUGGAUUUGAAGCAACUUAAUGAUGUAUACCGCUUCAAAACAGAAGAGUACUCGCAUACUGCAGUGAACAAGUUCAAUGUGAUUCCUGAUUCAUUACCAGAUUGGAUAUUUGAUUUCAUGCCUCAUCAUGGUGGAUACUUUGUUGGGAAUGUGAGCCCGGCUAGGAUGGAUUUCCGGUGGUUUUGCCUGGGCAAUUGCAUUGCAAUCUUGUCGUGCAUGGCAACUCCUGAGCAGUCAAUUGCAAUCAUGGAUCUAAUUGAAUCACGAUGGGACGAAUUAAUUGGGGAGAUGCCUGUCAAAGUUUGUUAUCCAGCAAUUGAAAGCCAUGAAUGGAGGCUAGUAACAGGAUGUGACCCUAAAAAUACUAGAUGGAGUUACCACAACGGGGGAUCCUGGCCUGUUCUAUUAUGGCUUCUGGCUGCGGCAUCGAUCAAGACUGGGAGGCCCCAAAUUGCAAGACGUGCCCUUAACAUUGCAGAGAGCAAAUUGCUGAAGGACAACUGGCCCGAAUACUAUGAUGGAACGACGGGCCGAUAUGUUGGAAAGCAGGCCCGUAAGUUCCAGACCUGGUCCAUUGCUGGUUACUUGUCUGCUAGGAUGAUGCUCGAUGAUCCAUCCCAUUUAGGUCUUGUUGCUCUCGAAGAAGACAAACACCUCCAGCCUUUGCUCAAGAGAUCAACUUCCUCCACUUUCUGACUCACUUUUUUUUCUUCAAUGGCAAUGAUAAAAAGAUAAAAAUGUCACGGAAAUCAAGCUUUCUAGUUUCUAUUUUACAUUUAUUGUGUUUA